GCGUAACCAAGACUACAAUAAGAAAAACAAAUGGAGAAGCAUACGAAGUUGGUGAUAGCUAGCUAACGUUAUCCAAAUAAAUGCAUAAUUCCACACGCCGUACCUAGGAACACAUUACGUGAUCAAUAAGGAUUUUGACAACGCAGAUAAUAUGGCUUCAAUGAGCCAGCGUCGCAAUAUGACGCACAGCCAGCAGCAAAGGAUGCUGACAGAGCUUCGACGGCAGGAGGAUCAACGAGAACAGCAGACCAAACUCAUUACUAAAGAAAGACAGAUUCAAGCCAACCUUAUGACUGAGGAUAGACUUGAGAAGAAGAGGUACCUGCGCAAGGUGCAAGAUGAGCUCCAUGAAACACAAAUUGAAGAUGCUCUUCUUAAGGCCGAGGAAGAUAGAAUAUACAAGCAAAAGCAACUCGAACAAGAAGAGAGACUGGCACAGGAGCUGAGUCGCAUCAAUCAUGAAAAGUGUAGAGAUGAGAAGAUGAGGCAGUACAUCAAAGAGAACAGUGUUGAGCUCCGUGAGCUGGAGGUAAAGCUCAAGUCUGCCUACCUGAACAGGGAGAGGGCAGCACAGAUAGCUGAGAAGGAGGCUAUGAGAUAUGAGACAAUGCGCCAGGAAGCAGACACAGCCCAUAAGAUGAAGAGUGAGCACGAGCGAGCGUCUGUAGAGCAGGACAAGCAGGAUCAGCAGCGGUACAAUGAGUUGGUCCGCUACCAGCAGGAGCUGGAGCAGCAGCUGGAGGAAAAGGAGCGUCAGAGACAGCAGGCCUAUCAAGAGUUCCUCAAGGAGAAGCUCAUGGUGGAUGAAAUCGUCAGGAAGAUCUACGAGGAGGAUAGAAUGGAGAUGCAGCUAAGACUGGAGAAGAUGACGGCCACCCAGAGGUACAUAGAGGAGUUCAAGAAACAGCAGGCUGAAUGGAAACGCAUGGAGCGGGAGAAGAUGGAGGCAGAGAACAGACGCAUCAUGGAGUUUGCAAGUUAUCAGCAGAGGAAGGAAGAGAACAGGAUGGCCAAUGUGCAAGAACGAGAGAUGGCCAAACAGCACCUACACCAGAUGCUCACUGAGAAGAUAGAGAGGGAGAGGCUGCAGCGCGAGGAGAUGGAGCGUGUCCGGGAAGAGCUCUGCAUGGAGGAGCAGGCUGAGGCUGCAAGACAGAAAGAGAUUGAGGAGAUGGAGAAGAGGAUCAGACAGAGGCUGGAGAUUCAGCAGACCUGCCAGCAGCAGAUGGCUUUCAAGGAGCUGCGUAGGCAGGCGGAGAAGGAGGAGGAGGAGGCCUUCCGACAGAUGAUGAUGGCCAAGUUUGCUGAAGAUGACCGCAUAGAGCAGAUGAACGCCCAGAAACGGCGCAUGAAACAGUUGGAGCACAAGCGUGCUGUAGAGAAGCUCAUGGAGGACAGGAAGAAACAGUACCUGGCUGACAAGGAACGUGAGGCUGAGGAGAGAGCCAUCGACCAGCAGAGGGAAGACUUACGCAGGCAGAUCAUUGAGGAGGAGAGACAGAAGCUGCUCAAACUCCAUGCAACUAAACUGCUGGGUUAUCUUCCUAAGGGGAUAUUCCGUGAAGAUGACUUGGAACACUUCGAUGAAGACUUCAAGAGCAACUUCAAAAAACGUCAGGUUGACAUCUUCUCUGAAGAAGGCUGGGGAGAAGAUGAAUGAAGUCUUUAUUUACCACUAGAUGGCAGUGUUAAGUCUUGCUGAGUUUUUAGUAGAAAGGGGGUAGAGGUAUUGAAUUAAUGGAGUGA